GUCACGUGAUAUUGCCGGCCGCACCAUGGCGGAAGCGGAGGAGAAGGAAAUGUCUGUUGAAGAAUCUACAGAUGAGUCUGAGGAAGAAGAAAGUGAAGAGGAGCCCAAACUGAGAUAUGAACGACUUUCCAAUGGGGUGACUGAAAUUCUACAGAAAGAUGCCGCCAGCUGUAUGACGGUGCAUGAGAAGUUUUUGGCACUGGGCACACAUUAUGGCAAGGUUUAUUUGCUCGACGUCCAAGGAAAUAUCACUCAGAAGUUUGACAUUAGCCCUGUGAAGAUAAAUCAGAUUAGCCUGGAUGAAAGUGGAGAACACAUGGGCGUGUGCUCAGAGGAUGGCAAGGUGCAAGUAUUUGGACUGUAUUCUGGGGAAGAAUUUCAUGAAACUUUUGACUGUCCUAUUAAAAUCAUUGCGAUUCACCCCCAGUUUUUGAGGUCCCAUUGCAAGCAGUUUGUAACCGGAGGAAAGAAGUUGGUAUUGUUUGAGCGGUCUUGGAUGAGCAGAUGGAAAUCUUCUGUCUUGCAUGAAGGGGAAGGAAACAUAAGAAACGUGAAAUGGAAGGGAAAUUUAAUCGCCUGGGCCAAUAAUAUGGGUGUAAAGAUUCUUGACAUCGUAUCCAAGCAGAGAAUCACCAACGUGCCCCGAGAUGACAUCAGCCUUCGCCCCGAUAUGUAUCCCUGUAGCCUCUGCUGGAAGGAUCACGUCACUCUCAUCAUUGGCUGGGGUGCCUCGGUCAAGAUCUGCUCGGUGAAGGAACGGCAUGCCAGUGAAAUACGAGACUUACCAAACCGUUACGUUGAAAUAGUGUCUCAGUUCGACAUGGAAUUCUACAUCAGUGGGCUUGCACCUCUCUGUGACCAGCUCGUGGUGCUUUCGUAUGUCCAGGAGACCUCAGACAAAACGGAGAGGGAAUACUGUGCCCGGCCCAGAUUGGACAUUAUUCAGCCGCUUCCAGAGACCUGUGAAGAGAUCUCUUCCGACGCCCUGACAGUGAGAGGUUUUCAGGAGAAUGAAUGCAGAGACUACCACCUGGAGUACUCCGAAGGUGAAUCGCUCUUUUAUAUUGUCAGCCCUAGAGAUGUCGUCGUGGCCAAGGAACGGGACCAAGAUGAUCACAUCGACUGGCUCCUUGAGAAGAAGAAAUACGAAGAAGCUUUGAUGGCUGCUGAAAUUAGCCAAAGAAAUAUUAAAAGACACAAGAUUCUGGACAUAGGCCUGGCCUAUAUAAGUCACCUGGUGGAGAAAGGCGAGCAUGAUAUGGCAGCCCGCAAAUGUCAGAAAGUUCUGGGGAAAAAUGCAGCUCUCUGGGAAUAUGAAGUUUACAAAUUUAAAGAAAUAGGACAGCUUAAGGCGAUUAGCCCGUAUUUGCCAAGAGGGGAUCCCAUUCUGAAGCCUCUCAUCUAUGAAAUGAUCCUACAUGAUUUUCUGGAGAGUGACUAUGAGGGCUUUGCCACGUUGAUCCGAGAGUGGCCCGGUGACCUCUACAACAACUCCGUCAUCGUGCAGGCUGUUCGGGACCACCUCAAGAAGGACCCACAGAACAGGACCUUGCUGCGAACGCUGGCCGAGCUGUACACUUACGAUAAAAGCUACAGCCAAGCUCUCCAGAUCUACUUAAUGCUCCGCCACAAAGACGUGUUUCAGCUGAUUCACAAGCACAAUCUCUUCAGUGCUAUCCAAGACAAAAUCGUGCUGCUCAUGGACUUUGAUUCAGAGAAAGCUGUAGACAUGCUUUUGGACAAUGAAGACAAGAUUUCCAUAAAAAAAGUCGUGGAGGAACUAGAAAACAGGCCGGAACUGCAGCACGUGUAUCUGCACAAGCUUUUCAAAAGAGACCAUCAUAAGGGCCAGCGCUUCCAUGAGAAGCAGAUCAGCCUUUAUGCUGAAUACGAUCGCCCCAGCCUGCUCCCGUUUCUGCGAGAUAGCACCCACUGUCCCCUGGAAAAGGCUCUUGAGAUCUGCCAACAGAGGAACUUUGUGGAAGAGACCGUCUAUCUCCUGAGCAGAAUGGGGAACAGCCGGAGUGCCCUGAAGAUGAUCAUGGAGGAGCUGCAUGACGUCGACAAAGCCAUCGACUUCGCCAAGGAGCACGAUGAUGCCGAGCUGUGGGAGGACCUGAUUUUGUACUCCAUCGACAAGCCACCAUUCAUCACUGGCUUAUUAAACAACAUCGGCACCCACGUUGACCCGAUUCUUCUCAUUCACCGAAUUAAGGAAGGAAUGGAGAUUCCCAACUUGAGAGACUCCCUGGUGAAAAUACUGCAGGACUACAACCUUCAAAUUCUUCUUCGCGAAGGCUGCAAGAAGAUCCUGGUGGCCGACUCUUUGUCCCUCCUGAAGAAAAUGCACCGCACGCAGAUGAAAGGCAUCCUGGUCGAUGAAGAAAACAUCUGUGAGUCCUGUCUCUCCCCUGUUCUUCCUUCAGAUGCAGCGAAGCCCUUCAGUGUGGUCGUCUUCCACUGUCGACACAUGUUCCACAAAGAGUGUCUGCCCGUCCCCAGCAUGAAUUCUGCUGGACAGUUCUGCAACAUCUGCAGUGCUAAGAACCGGGGACCGGGCAGCACAGUCUUGGAGAUGAAGAAGUAGCCGGCUUUCCCCG